AUGCUAAUAGUAAAAGGAGAAGAACUUGUGUAUAACACCACUGUAAUGUUAAUAAAGAGCAUUGAUCUUUCAUCAAAUAAUUUAGAAGGUGAAAUCCCUCAACAGAUAGGUAGCCUCACUUUAUUGGGUACCUUGAACUUGUUGAGAAAUCAGUUGACUGGUAACAUGCCCUCGAUUGAUGGAAAUAUGUAUGGGCUCGAAACUCUUGAUCUCUCAAACAACCGUCUUUCUGGACAGAUUCCUCGAACCAUGGCAUCUUUAACAUUCUUGGUGCACUUGAAUUUGGCUUAUAACAACUUGGUGGGGAGAAUUCCUUUGGGCAGCCAACUUCAAACAUUCACUGAUCCGUCCAUUUAUAUGGGCAAUCCAUCAUUGUGUGGGGUUCCUCUUCCAACAAAAUUCCCCGGAGAUGACACUUUUACUGCUACAAAUGCAAAACCUAAUAAUGAAGAUGGAAGUGAUAAGUUGUGGUUCCUUGUCAGCAUGGUACUUGGCUUUGUCUUGGGCUUUUGGGGCGUUUGUGGUACAUUACUCGUGAAGAAAUCAUGGAGGUAUGCUUAUUUUCGAUUUUCUAACGACACCAAAGAUAAGGAAAAUUUAGAUUAA